AUGAAUAUUGAUAUAUUAAAUGUUUAUCGAGAUUGUCCAUUUUGUUUAAAAUUACUUUAUGAACCUAUAUCAACAUUAUGUGGACAUACAUUUUGUCUUUUAUGUAUGGAACGUUUUAUAUUAACAUCAGAACGUAUAUUACAAUGUCCAAUAUGUCGAGAUGAUUUAAAUUAUCUUCGUUCUUCUUCUAGUCAUUUAAAAACAAAUACAAUACUUCAUAAUUUAUUUCGACAACAAUAUGAAAAAGAAUAUGAAAUAAGACGAAUUGAAACAGAGAAUGAACGUAAACAAAUUAUUAAAAAACGUUUAAUUAUUGGAAAUACACAUCAAUUAUUAUCAUGUGAUUAUGAUUAUACAAGACAUGAAUGGACACUUUUUGUUAAAUUAAAUAAUGAUGAUCAAGAUGAUAUUAGUCAGUAUAUUAAACAAGUUACAAUUAAUUUACAUCCAACAUUUACACCAUCACAAAUUGUUCUUGAUAAACCUCCAUUUUGUUUAACAAGAAUUGGAUGGGGAGUAUUUACAAUUUAUCUUACAAUAGAAUUUCAUUCACAAUGGAAGAAAUCUGAUUUUCGAACAAGUUGGUUUUUGUCAUUUUCAAAUACAGGAAAUCAAAAAACAAUUGAAAUUGAAUUUCAAAAAACAACAGACGAUAUAAAUAAUGAUUAA